AAACAAAAAACAAUUAAAUUAAGUAAUGAAUCAUAUUCAGUUAAAACCCAUCACAGAUACAGUAUAUCAUAAUAUUACAAUGGCUAAUCAAAUCAUAAUAUGCUAUUAGGAUGUUGUAGCAGUGGUAGAGUCUGCAUGGUAGUUACAGCUGUCAGUGACAGCCUUUAAGAAUUGAAGCACAUGUUUUCUUUAGUCAUUAUCUGAAUUCCCUCUGGGUUCCCAAAUUGCAUAAUCCUUCUGACCUCAAUUUAUUGAACCCAAGUGAUUGUACUUUUCAGAAUAUGCUUCAGCAAACAGGCUCAUCCUGACACCCCAUCAAAACUCACGCUGGCCUGAGUGGUUGCCAUCUCAGAUGAAGUUACUGCUGGGUUCCACAAGGCAAAGCUUGACUAGAGUGAAUUGAUUCAUGGGGAUUAGAGAUUAAGACUUCCCUGGCCGCUUUGGUGGAGUAAAUCUGGGGAUUAUGAUGUCAACAGCCUAUGGACGCUAGAGAGGAAAUUGAAUUGUGAGGAACGGCAGCGGCUAUGGUGCAGGAUUACAGCGUAGUUAGUAAAAAUCAGAGAUGAGAGUCCAUGUCUGUGCCUUUCUCCUGUUCAGCAAAACCUCCAUGGGAAACCAUUUACUGCCUUUGGACAGUAGAAAUUGUGACAGGGAUGACUGAGUGAAUAUUUCUGAUGUUAUUUGAGGGUUAAGAUUUCUCUCUGUGGUAAUCCUGCUCUGGUCUGGCCUUUGAAGCAUCAGGUGGUGAGUACUACUAAGUCCAACAGGAACUACUUUCAUUUAACAGUCUGACAAGAAUAUCUGACAAUUUUUACACCUGAAUCCUCAGGGAGCAUCUUGUUGAAGGCUAACACUGCAGAUAGAUAAAGUUCUGUUAAUGGCUGAAGAUAAAAAAAUGUCACAUUUAGAGCUAACGUGUUAUUCUUUAUCUGCUUUUCCUUUCUGUUCUGUAAGACAACUCCAGUUGUGGCUGCUCCUCCCGCUCCCUCAGCAGCUCCCAGUGUUACAUUCGAAGGACUCUCAAAAACCAAGAAGAUGAAAGUGAAGUUGGCCCAUUUGGGUUUGGUCUUCUUCCUCCUUCUGUCUCUGGUGAUGACAGGCUGUUUCCUUUGGCAAUAUCAGCUGCCAAAACUUAAGCCAGAUGAAGAGAUGGGUCGUAAUGCCAAUUCAGAGAUGAUGUGUCCCCGCUUUCCUGAGCCUCUCCCUUUGGAGCAUCCUAUCCCCAGUCUCAAAGAAGCCCUGGAAAAGGUGGAUGUUUUGUUUCGCCAAAGCAUCAACCCCAUCAGCCUUCCUGCUCUGUCUGCCAUUGUGAUCUUAAACGAUACAGUUUUGUGGACUGGCAACUUUGGAAAGAGGAAUGCCAGUGAUCCUCUGUCAGGCCCACCCAGUGAAUACACAAUCUACAGAAUUGCCAGCUUAUCGAAGAUAUUCCCAACGCUGAUGCUCUACAAACUGUGGGAGGAUGGAAAGAUCGCCUCCUUAGAUGAUCCACUGGAAAAAUAUGUAGAAAAUUUCACUAUAAAAAACCCUCUGGGGAAAACAAGAGACUCUGAGUUAAAAUAUGUGACAGAUGGCCUAAUAUUUCUAGACAGUGGAGAGGUACAAAUUCGCUCAUCCUCUGUCACCCUGCGUAGGAUGGCAAGCCAGCUCUCAGGUCUGCCCAGGAGGCUGAGGGCUACAAAUUUACUAUGGAAAGGCAAAACGCAAUCAGCAAUCAAUCUGUUACAAGAUGAUGUUCUUGUUGCAGAUCCAGGAACCAAGUGUCACUAUAGUAACCUCGCAUUCUCUCUUCUCGCUCAUGUGAUGUCUGAAAGAGUGGUCGGAGUUGAAUACCAACGAUGGGUCACAGAAAACAUCCUGGACCGAUUAGGAAUGGAAGACACCAGUUUUGAACUGACUCCUGGAUUACAGAGCCAGUUUGCUGUGGGAGUUUACUCAAACGGAAAACCUGCUCCUCUCUAUGAUCUCGGCUGGUACCGGCCUUCCGGUCAGAUGUUCUCCACCCCUGCAGACAUGGCCAAACUCGCCAUGGUGCUACUGGGAGCCUACCACCGAAAGCUGCUGGAGCCAGAUUCUCUGAAGAUCAUGUUGAACCCACUCUUUAGGUGUGAUAAGGAUUACUUUGCAAACCGUACUGGGACCCCUUGGGAGGUGAAUGACCUCAUGGGUUACGAGAUGUUGAGGAAAGAUGGUGAUCUGGAUGGCUACUCUGCCACGUUCUCCCUGGUUCCCAGGCUGAAGCUAGGCCUGGUAAUCCUAAUGGCGGGCAGCAGGCCUCAGAAGCAGGAUGUGGUCACAAAGGCCUACAGCUACAUUGUUCCAGCAAUAGAGAAGGCCUUUAGGGAAGCCAAAAAGAUUCUUGUUGCUUCCCCAAAUCCAGAGCCUUACAUUGGGUUUUUCACAUACAGCAACAUCACUUUCUAUGAGAUCAAAGUGGGAUCCGAUGGAGUUCUGAUCAUGCAGCAGUUUGGUCCUCAGAUCGAAGAGCUGAUCCCAGAGAAGUACAGGACAAUAAAGCUUAACUACUUAGUUGAGCGGGUUUUCAGAGUUGUGUUUGAUAAAGAGUACCCUUGUGUUUUGAGAGUGGGCAAGGCUUCAGUCUCGUUGGAAGCCCAAGAUGGCCAACUUUUUAACUUCUACGUCUUCAAUAAGCAAGGCUUGUCCCCUGGCUUUGAUGCACCAGGUCUAAACACAUACAAUGUGGUGCGAAUAGCCCGCAGGCCAACCUUCACCAGCUGAGGAGCAGCAAGUGAUUUUGUGCGCUACAGAUGACGUAAAGAAAGGCAUGUGACAGUGAAAGACUCACCUGAAAUCAGAGGGGAUGCCAGUAGUAUCAUUUUGAAAAGAACUCUUGAAUGAGAACAGAUAAGAAAGACAAAUACUUGGCACAUAUUGUUUUUUUCUGCUGAGUGAUGUACAUGAAUGUCAUCCUCACAAAGGCCCUUUAUCACACCUCUGAGCUAAAUAUUCACUCUGUGGCAGUUAAGUGCAUUUGCUCAUCUUGCCUUCUUCUGUUAAUGUCUUGCUAGAGAAAACAGCAGAACAACACUUUUUGUGGUCAGUCAUAUAACAAUUUUACAUAUGCUCACUUCUUCAACCAGGAUUAUUAGUAAAUAAGAUAUUUAUCUCAUCCAUUUUCAAACUGUCUUAUUGGAACUGGUAAACAUUUCCAAAGUUUUAAAACAACUGAUUUACAGCUAGAAACAAUGCAGUCUGAUUUAACAUACAGUACAUACAGAAAGUGCAUAGACGUGCACAGGCUGCAGCUUCCUGUUAUCAUACUGCAACACAUAGCAACUUAAUUCAAUAACUUUACACAAACAAUAGAAAAUAACACUUUUUCAUGUGGAUAAAAGAGGAUAAAAAUAACUACAAUUGGUUGUUAUUCCAUAGUUUCUAAAAAGACUGCGGUUGACACUGCAACACAGCAAAGUGGCUGUUUAAAACCCCAUCCAGUAAUUGAUCAGAAAAUCAUAUUAUUAUUUGUGAUGAACUCCAUAAGCUUUGUUAUACAACAAAUGAUUUGGCCAGUCAUUAUUGUAGUGAGUAUUUUCCACUUUGUUGUUGCUGAGAAUGCACCUUUGUUUUCCUGUGAUGCUGGUUUAAAUUUGGGUCAUAAUAUUACCAUAUUUAGUUUUAUCAAACCUCAGUAUAUAUUAUGCAUUUUUUAUACUCUCUUCUUGAAGAUAAAUAUUGCCAUAAUGCCAGUUGAUGCACAAGCAGCAGAAAAAAAAACAUUGUGUGUAAUGUGAAGUCAAUAACAGUGUUAUAGAGGAAUGAAAUAAAAUACUGUAUAUAAAAAUUUAAAAAAAGAGGUGUCAAAAUAUUGUUCCUGCACAAGCCACCAUUAGCUUCUACAGGAUAUUAAACAAGUGCUAAAAAAUAAUAUGUAAGUUGUUGCUUUGAAGUUGUGGUAUUAUUUUUGAUGCAUUCUAUGUAAGAAAUAUGCUUAGUCUCAUUAGAAACAUAUUUUUUAAAACAUUGAAUUUAUGACUGCCUUUGUAAAUUUUCCUGCAAACGUUCAGCUGCAGAUAUUCAACAGCAAAAAUUCACCUUCAAAAAUUUGCCUGCAAAUGUGAUGGAUUUCUGGUGACCCAAGCCAAGGCAAUCAACACUAGAUCAAGUCAAGCAGAUUUUAGCCAAUCAAUCAAUGCUACAUUGAUGAUCCAAUAAAACUGUAAGCAGCCAACUGAUGAGCAAAGGAGAUAUUUAAGGAUCUUUUAAAUGAUAGAAAAAUAUUUAAAUUAAAAUGAUGCAUAUGGUCACUGUAUUAGAUUUCUAAAUACCCAGAAAUCGUUUUAGUUUAAAAUUUAAAAGAACUCUACUUUUUGGAAAGUAUUGCACACAGUUUUCAUUGACUGCAGAAAUUGGAUAGGAGUGGUGGAGAGACAUUUUUGCAAGUGAAUUUAAAGAAAAAAAUUAAAUGUAAGUGCACAUGAUAAAAGUCAAGUGUUAUAAAUUAAAUGUAUAAAAAAUGUCUGUUUCUACUUGGACUACAUAUACUUCUUCCAUACAGUCAGUCUUUUUUGUCAUUUGCCAACCAAGUGG